UUCGUUGUGAAAUUAUUUGUUUAUCACUUGGUUCUGUUGGUCAUUUUCAAAAAGUCUUUCAGUGCAAUUUGGGCACUUGCUUUGCUGUAUUUUGAAAGCCUCGCGACUAGCCGACUAGCGUUGUCCGCUCGGUUCCGCUCAGGCUCAGCUAACAACAAGAGACGCGAGUUUUUUUUCCCCGUCGGCGAGUCCGCUUGAAGCCGCCCAGAGCGCCUCCGUGGCCCGGCCGCGGUGCUGAGCCUGAAGCGGCCCCGCUUCUACUCUCGCUCGGCGGCUCAUUCCAAGCGCGGCGAGCUCGCCGGAGCGGAGGCUAACAUGAGCUCGGAGAAUGACGCCGCCGAAGAGCCGCGGGACAGGCCCGACGACGGCAGCUCCGACAAAGAACCAGACGCGGACGGAGACGAAGACGAAGACCUCGGCCAGAACCGUCCUUCGACUUCGGCGGAGAGCGGAGGAUACCGAGCCGACUCCGCCGAAAAGGCUCCGGGGUGCGGCGGCCGGCCCAAGAGUCUCUUCUCAUGGCUCCAGAACAGGUCCAUUAGGAGAGGCGUUUUUGUGGACCCGAUACGGGACAACUUCAGAACCAUGACUAGCUUGUACAGCUCCAUGUACCCGGCGGCCGACUCUGUUAACCUUAACACAAGGACCCACGGAGCCGUCUUCAACCUGGAGUACUCGCCAGACGGGUCCGUCUUGACGGUGGCCUGCGAGCAGACUGAGGUCCUCCUCUUUGACCCGGUCUCGUCCCGACACAUUGAAACCCUGACGGAGGCCCACGAGGAUUGUGUCAACAACAUAAGGUUCCUCGACAAUCGUCUUUUUGCCACGUGCUCGGACGACACGACGGUGGCGCUUUGGGACCUGCGAAAGCUCAACUCCAAGGUGUGCUCGCUGCACGGCCACGCCAGCUGGGUCAAGAACAUCGAGUACGACACCAACACGCGCCUGCUGGUCACCUCCGGCUUCGACGGCAACGUCAUCACCUGGGACACCAACAGAUUCACAGAGGACGGCUGCCCUCACAAAAAGUUCUUCCACACUCGCUACCUGAUGCGGAUGCGUCUGACACCCGACUGCUCCAAGAUGCUCAUCUCCACAUCCUCGGGCUACCUGCUCAUCCUGCAUGACCUGGACCUGACGCAGUCGCUGGAGGUGGGCAGCUACCGCAUGCUGCGAGCCCGGCGGACCCCGCUCACGUCAGACGGAGGCGUGCCGGCGUCCCGCUCGGCCGGACCUCGGCACGGGAGCGACUCUGGCAAGCUGCACCCUCACAGAGAAGGCCUUUCUCCCAGGAACAGCCUGGAGGUGCUGACCCCGGAGAUCCCAGGCGAGCGGGACCGAGGAAGCUGCAUCACGUCCCUGCAGCUGCACCCCAAAGGCUGGGCCGCGCUCAUCCGCUGCUCCAGUAACCUGGACGACCGCGAGUGGACGUGCGUGUACGAGUUCCAGGAGGGCGCGCCUCCGCGACCGCCUGUGUCCCCGCGCUGCUCACUGCGCCUGACGCACUACAUCGAGGAGGCCAACGUGGGACGGGGCUACAUCAAGGAGCUGUGCUUCAGCCCGGACGGCCGCCUCAUCUGCUCGCCCUACGGCUACGGCGUGCGCCUGCUGGCCUUCGACGACAGCUGCGGCGAGCUGGCGGAUUGCGCCCCCGUGCCCACCGCCUGCCUGCGAGAGGUGUGCUCCAUCUACUCGCACAGCGACGUGGUGCUCACCACCAAGUUCUCGCCUACGCACUGCCAGCUGGCCUCGGGCUGCCUCAGCGGACGCGUGGCGCUCUACCAGCCCAAGUUCUAGACCGCCGCCUUAAGCUGCCCCACCUCAAAUUGACGGUCCGCCAAAAUCAAUUGCUCGUUGACUUUAUUUUUUUGCUCAAAUAAAAUGAAGCUUAUUCCCGCAGUCCAAAAAUUGGAGAAUAUUUACCAUUUGCCCUUUAUAUCAAACCCGGACAUUUCGACUUCAUUUUUUUGGCCUAAAAUAGUCAAAUUUACGCGGUCCAAAAAUUUAAGAAUAUUGCGCCCCCCCCCCCCCCAACACCACCACCACCACCACCCAAAAAAAUAUAUAUAUAAGCAGGGGUGUUCAACUGGUGGCCCGGGACCCGAUAAGGUCCGUCGCCUCAUUUUGUGUGGUAAGUCAGUUUUUUGCUAAAAUAGAAUUAAUGGAAAAUUUCUGUUGUCCAAAAAUCGGAGAAUAUUUUUUAAGAAUAAUAACUUUUUUUUUUCUUUUAUUAAUAAAUGACAAAAAGGGAAAAUUUACUUUUUUUUUUUUAAUUUAAAAAAAUAUAUAUCAGAAAUGAAAAUAUUUACCGUUUCCCACAAAAGGGUAAAAAGGAUUUAAAAAGUAGAGAGAAAAAAUUAAGAGGCUCAAAACAAAAAUGAGAUCAACAAUGUGAAGCGUUUAUUAACUCACACAAUUGAUCAUUUUCUCGUCGAUUGAUUGCGGCGGCCUGUGUUUUUGCUGCCACUGACGGCACUAGAUGUGCACUCGUUGGACAAAUGAGACCAAAUUUCCACUACAAAGAUGAGUUGGACACCCCUGAUUUAAAGAAAGUGCCGUCGUUUUGUCAUUUCCCUAACUGACAAUGGUGAUUCCCCCCAAAAAAUACUAUGCAUGCCAGCCAGCCACGGCAAUGGUUGCUGUACACAUCAUCUGCCGUUGACGGUGCUAGACAUCCAUUACUUUUUUUCAAAAUAGAUUGGACGUCGACUCAUGGCAAACUAGUGUAAAUUCACAGCAGUCAAUGCCGCUCAAAGCGUCAAUACGAGCUGCUUGGGCCGCACUGGAAUGGGAAAGCACAAAAAAACGAAAAAGUCAUAUUGCAACACAGGGGUGCUGGAAUUCACUCACAGCAGGGGGUGGUGAGGAUGUUUUUUAGUUUUUCCAAUCCUAAAACAGCCGUUUCGGUCUAAAUUUGUCAUGCUCGCGUGUUUUCUCUAGACAAGGCAUGCCGAAUGGCUGUACACACGCAUGCUGCACACGUACUACUACUAGGCUACUAUAAAGACAGAGUUCUAUUUCACCUACAGUGUGUGUUGGAGUUUUUGCAUUGAAAAUAAAAGCGCCCAUUUAUGAUAAUGCCAAUCCCCACAGCUUUCAUCAUAAUCUUCAUUUUCGACCUCAAACUGAUUUGUAGAAAAUUUGGCUGUUUUUGUAAAGAAAUAAAUCACUAAUUCAUUUUUGCGCCAUGUUAACGCCGCCUCUGUCGACCUUAUUGAACGUGACUCGGUAGCAAGUAAGGUGUCAGGUGGUGACCAUAUUAUUAACAAAAAAACAACAAUCCAUUUUCAACAUAUAUAUUAUAUUUAAUCCCUAAAGUUAAGACGCUAUUGUUUCAAUAUGUUUGAUCUCAUUUCAUGUGACAGAAACUAUGGCGCAUUUUCGUCUCGUCAGACGAAACCUGGUAUGCGCCUCGUUAUGUUUUAUUCUGCCAAAACACGUUUUUACCUCGUUAUUGUCAUGAAAAAAAGUGUUCGUUGACAAAAUCUUUUCUUUGUUGUCAUCAUUGACGUAGGAACAAAGUUUGUCGCAGAUAGUGUAGUUUCCACAAUUAAAUCGUUGGUUAUCAGUGUCCAUAUGAUGACACUACAAACGCAGAAUUUGCACAUCUUCACUUUGGUCGGAGUUUUUAAAGGGCCAGUAUAGAAUUUUUUUAAUUCAGGUGUAAUCUCUGAGUUAGCAGAGGUUUAAUUAGUCUGUAGAGUUGUUUCAACAAAUUCCGUGCAGUGUCAGUUAGUUGUUAGUUUCAGGGCUCCUCAGUGGCUAAGCUAGCACGAGUCAUUGGUGUCUGCUUAGCAUGCCAAUAAAAAAACAUUAACAGAUCUAACACAGUCAAAUAAAUUCAAAAUGCAGAUAAUUGUUCAAAAUACCGCUGUGGCCAAAACAAAGUCACACCAAAUUGCUGUAAUUCAUUUGAUUCUGCAAGACUUUUUUUUUUUUUUUUUUUUUUUUUUUUUAGAUGCGUAAUGCGACCACAAUAGAGAAGAGUGCUCCGGCCGCUCGUGCUCAGUCUGCUGGGGAAUCCCUUUCAAUCCCACAAAAAAAAUCAGGUGAAAAAUAUCACUCCGCCCUGCUUGUCUAAACAGCCUGGUCCCUGCAGAGCUGCUGGAUUACAAAUGUUGCUGUACAUACUACAAUUAUUGACAUGGUACAGGGAAGUUAUAAUAACUUACUCUUGAAAACAUAACCAACGCUAUUGAUUGCAUGGGUCAUUGGUGAUUCUCAUGCAUGCAUACAGCGAAAAAAACAGACAAGACUGAAAAAAUUCUGCUCUUGCACCCCUCUUUAAAAUAAACUGCUGUACUUUAAACAAAAGAACUGUUGUGUUUGAAAGAACAAUAUGUCUAUAUGCUGCCAUAGCAGAUUCAUGGCGCACUAAGCCUCCGAACUAGUUUUGAUUUGUCCGUUUUACCCUGAAAACCCCGUUAACAGAUGUCGCGCAACCGCUUUUGUUUCAGCCUAGCCAUAAAAAUAAGUAAUUUAUUAUUCAAAAUGUCAUUUUUAGCUUUGAAUCAUUAAUCAAUGUCUAAUGUUUAGUUUACAAAAAAAACGACUUUAAAAAAUUAUUCACUCGCAUAUUUUAAACAAAUUACUUCACAAUGAAAAAUUUGGCGUCUGUAAAAAAAGUCGAUAUCUAACUCAUAACUAUCGCUUAAUUGUAUUUUUUUUGUUUUGUUUUGUUACUGUCGCAUUUUUCCCAAUACGUUAGAUGGUAAAUAAACGAUCCAAACAAAAAAAAAAAAGAAAAAUAACGUUUAAAAGGGUAACAAUAUGAAAAAGAAAAUCUCGACCACUACUUGUUGUCUGCAAUUUCUGCAUCGCGACCCUUGUUAUAUCACCAUGUUUCACCCAUAAAAUCCCCCAAAAAUCUGGCUGUGGCCAUUGACAGCUGUGUCGGUGAUACAUGCUACAUGAGUUUAUGUAUCGACACAUGGUAUGUAUGCGAUAAUAUCUCGUUAAAAUCGUGGCGUAUUUAAUUCUGCUCUCGCGUGCUCUCGCCUUCAGUUAGGGUUUUGCUGUUAAAUUUUUUAUUUUAUUUUAUUUUUUU